AUGGGGCGUGAAUGUGAAACUCAGGGUUGGGGGGACCUUCCGCAGCCGAGGAGCCCCACCAAUCCUGCUCCGCCACUCCAGUCACCUGGAGGGCUCGGCCGUGGGGCUCGGGAGCGGUGGCCCUCGCUCCCUCAGGACGUGGUGGGGCUGGUCUCCGGGGAGAGAGGCCUUUGUCUGUGGGGUGGUGGGAAUACCCUAAGCGGGCCAGAGCUCCCUGCUGCAGAAGACAUGCUGGUCAGCCCCUACUGUCAGCCUUCAGAGGGAGGUGAAGUCCUCAUUCUGAGGAAGUGGCCGUCUGUGGGGAAGCUACAUCAGCUCAGCAGAGGGAAGAGUCCUGGACUCUGCCAGAGUUUAAGCACAUCAGAUGAAGACUCCAGCAGCCAAGAAGAGGAGGGCACAGGCUUUCACCAGGCCUCAGAAGACACCAAAUCCUUGCCCAGAGACCUGCUAAAUGAGAAGGUGGCUAAUUUGGUUCAUUUAAUGAUUCUCAAAUAUCAACAGAAGGAGCCCAUAACAAAGGCAGAAAUGCUAAAGGUUGUCAUCAAAAGGGAUAACAAACAAUUCCUUGUGACCUUUGAGAAAGCUUCUAAGUGCCUAGAGGUGAUCUCUGGCAUUGAUGUGAAGGAAGUGGACCCUAAAACCCACUGCUACGUCCUUUUCAACUCAUUAGGCCUCACCCAUGAUAAGAUAGUUAGUGAUGAUCAGAGCAUGCCUACAAAUGGCCUUCUGAUAAUCAUUCUGGGUGUGAUAUUCAUAGAAGGCAACUGUGUCCCUGAGGAAAACAUCUGGAAUUUCUUGAAUAUGAUAGGCAUCAAAGCUGGGAGGAAGCAUUUCAUUUAUGGGGAGCCUAGGAAGCUCAUCACCAGAAUCUGGGUGCAGGAGAAUUCUCUAGAGUACCGGAUGGUGUCUAAUAGUGAUCCUUCACGGUACGAAUUCCUGUGGGGUCCAAGGUCCUAUGCUGAAACCAGCAAGCUGAAAGUUUAGGAAUUUUUGGCCAAGAUCAAAGGGAUUGACCUCAUUUCCUUCUCAGACUGCUAUGAGGAGGCUUUAAGAGAUGAGGAAGAGAGAGCUGGGGCCAGAAAUAACUCUAUGGAUAGUAAUACUGCCAUGUUUAUUAUGCAGCAUUUGCCAGUAAUUCCUGACCCAACUGAAGAAUGUACUGUGUUUGAAGAGGGCAGUCAGGUUUCUAAGUAG